AUGACCACGGUGCGCUGAUGCACGCCACAGCAGCUUUGUACGCGAGCUGUAUGCGCACAGGCAACAAUGGUGGCGACUGUCUGGUACAGCCACAGGCACUCUACCGUGCGCUUUGUGCCGAGGGGGCACGAACACUGCUGAUCCUCCGGGAUGCCCAAGAGAUCGUACACGAAUGGGAGACCACUGGCCGCGACCGGACGCUCAGCAGCCCCGAGCUUUCACCAGUUGCACAGAAUGGCUCCACAGCCACAGAGAUCAACAACAACCCCCUGGAGUCGGGGUCGAAGGCCCAAACACCAGUGUCCGCGUCAAAGCCGUGGCAGCGGAUCGUUCCCCUGGACCGCACGGCAUCAGAAAGUGAUCGUCGCACUCAGCCGGGCACCGAGGAGGACGAAGUCGUGCCAGAAAGCGAAGCUGGCGGUCGUGGUGCCGACAAUGACGGCGAACGCGACGACCGCGUGUGGAUAGCCUGGUCUUCAAGACGUGUCCCGUCAGCCGAAGGCAGCACCGAGGAAGACGGCGUGGAGCUGACGCUAUGCGGCGGCGACGAGACCUCGACGACCAGUGGCCGCGGUAGCACGUGCUCGGCGACUGCACGCGACGCCUCGCGCACCGACCCCUUCUCGGACGUCUUCAGCGACCUCUCGGACUCGGACAGUGAAAUGGAGGAGGAAGAGGAAGAGACGGAAGAGGAAGGUCUGCAACGGUUUCUUCGCGCCGUGGCCUCGAGGCGGCGCGAGAGAGCCCGCGCGCUUGCCUCCUGGAGUCUGGCUCCAAAACACGUUGGCCCCGAGCACCGCCUCCUUGGAUGUGCCACGUUCAUUAAGAACUACAGAAUUCCAGGAACAAGGGCUUGCUUCCUGUCGCUGCUCGCCGUGCGAAAGGGCUUUCGACAGCAUGGCAUCGGCAGCUACCUGCUUAAGCAAGUCAAAAGCCCCUCGGUGGUUGGACCGUACGAUGCCCUGCUUGUCCGGGCGCCCACCAUUAGCAGGCGGUUCUUUAUCAAGCACGGCUUCACCGACGACAUCGUUCUCAGCAGCCGCUUCAGGGAAGCGGACGAAGCGGAAUACGAAGGCAGCCUUCUGUGCUACCUGCCGCCCUUCGAUGGUCACUACCCGUCCCUUCCCGGAAGCCCAGAGUGGAAUCGACCGGAAGCCUUAGCUGCGAUGGAAGAGGAAGUGGAACGCUGGAAACAGAAAAGCCUGGAGUCGUAUCAGUGUCAGGUGACGUGCCUUGUGCGACUGAGACACGAGGUUCUACGGUUGCAUGCCUUGCUGCAGGAGCAGGAGCACGCAAUGCAGGCCUUACGGAAGGAAAACUGCAGACUCCAGUCCAGACUCUCACGAGCCGAGAAGAAGUCAGCCCGAUCGCUCAUCGAGACCUUAGAGAAGGAAGCGGCCGACUUCGAGCGACUCUGCAACCUGGGACAGCAACUUCAGCAACCGACAGCCGCCAACGCUUUGUUGGAAUCGCGGGCGAAGCUGCGCGCUGCGUUCCGCUGAAAACAAAACGACUCACGAGAACACGGGACCCUCCAAAGAACAUUGCCGUUGCAUGAAUCUCGUGAGGCGGGCCACAGCGACAUAUUUUUGCGGAGCUGUAGUUUCAUUAACCACAUAUUUAUACCAUUUCCCCGUUAUUUAGUGCCCCCCGUCAUGACUGAAGCCCUGGCACGGUAAAACCAUCUGAGCGUCCGCGAUGCUUCAUUUAUGUUAUGUUUGAAAGACUGCAUUCUUUGGGACAUGUUGUUGCGAUCGUACGUUGAUGCUCUUGCUCGGAAGAUAAAAACAUGGCAGUUCCUGGCUUUCAUAUAGGGAAUUCGGAAGGUAGCGAGGUGGACAGCGGUGUCAGUUUGUUGCGAUUCAUAUUGAUUACAGUUUCAAAAAGACUGGAACUCACGCAGAACAGGGCAUGUGAUAGGUUCUGGGUAAACAACCACUCAGAUUUUGGUGCUUACAAGAAAAAAAAAGAAGAGUUAAAUAC